UGCUGUGCUGCGAUGAAGGAGAGUGCUUUGUUGUCUGCUGCCUACAGAUUGGUCUAGGAAAAUGAUUCUUGUUUUGGAAUCGCUCAAGCCUGCAUGAAGACAACAUCAUCAAUCAGAUUAAUUUCCUCGGUGGUUUUGCUUUCAAGCAGCUAUGAGUUCCAGCCUGAUAAACUCUCUGGCAAAGGUGUACGACCCUAACCCUCUGCAGAAAUCUGGAGCGAGGAAGCUGUCUCUUUGCGGCUCUGAGAAGUCCCAACCUCUAACAUCGUCUUCCUCAUCUUCUUGUCCUGUUUUAAAUGACCCACUGCGUUGCGUGGAGAGCCGCAUGGACUCCCUAAGUUCUCAGAUGGAGCGUCUUCUCAACAUGCAGCAAACCGUCCUGACCAGACUGGAUGGCUUGUCCCAAGAUGUGCGAGGUAUGGGGCGGGAUCUUGCACUCAUGAGGGGCGAUGGAGGUAGCGUUGGGAGUCGGCGUAGCUCCGGGGAUGAGGCUGGUUAUCGAGAGCUUCGCGUGGCUGUGGAGAGGACCGGAGACAGGGUGGAUGUCCAGGGACGCAGGCUGGAGACGGUGGAGCGGAUCGUGGAGGGAACACAGCAGGUCAUCAGCUACAUCGGGGAGGUGGUGAAGAGCUCCAGACUGGUGGAGCUGCUCUUUAAACAGCCAGGGAGGAAAGGCAGGAGGAAGGUCAAAGACGCCAAGUCAAAAGAUGAGAAAGACAAAGCCAAAGGGAACCUGAAGGGAGUAAAGGUCCAGAAGAAGAGGAAGGCCCAUGAUGGAUCAGAUUCUCCUACUUUGAAUGAACCAGUUCUACAAGAGAAAGUAGAGGAGCUGAAUCGUCAGAACACUGAGCUGUCUGUGUGUGAAACCCAACGAGAAGACGAGGAGAAGCCUACAGAACUGAUCCUAACUGCUCCAGACACGUCCUCCGCCCACUCAGAAGAGGCACAGAAGAGUGAACGAGAGAAAGAGGAAGAUGUGUUUGACGACUCAGAGUGUGAGGAAGAUAAACUCAAAACAGAGGAGGUUCAAACUGAGCAGGUUCACACAGCGAAGGAUGAAGGGAAAGCUGCAGAGGACAUUCCAACUCAGAUCUGCAACGCCACACUAGGGUCCCAAGAAAGUAAUGAAGAUGUCGGCGAUGUGGCCUCAAGCAGCAAGCGGCGCGGCACAGAGGAAGACCUGGUAAAAGACGAUUUAAAAAAGAGCCGUGUUGAUGAUCACAACAAGGAAGAGUUAAGUGAAGAGACCGAACAGCAGGCUUCAACAUCUGAACAGGACAAAUCAGAAACAGAGGAGGCAAAGGCAGAACACGACAAAGAAAAAGACUUUAACAUAGAUUUUAGCCCACCCCCAUCUGCUCCCUUUGACCAUCGCAUUGUCACACCGAAGCCACAUCAAAUUGCCACUUACUACACGAUCAACAGGGAGGAGGUACUGGGAGGGGGCCGUUUUGGACAAGUCCACAAGUGCAUAGAAAAUUCCUCUGGCCUGACGUUAGCUGCCAAGAUCAUCAAAGCUAGAAGCCAAAAAGAGAAGGAGGUGGUGAGGAAUGAGAUCCAGGUGAUGAACCAGCUCAACCAUGCAAACCUUAUCCAGCUGUACGCCGCCUUUGAGUCUCGCCACGACAUCAUCCUGGUCAUGGAGUACGUUGAAGGAGGAGAGUUGUUUGACCGGAUCAUCGAUGAAAACUACAACCUCACUGAAUUGGACACAGUGCUGUUCAUACGACAGAUAUGUGAAGGCCUGCAGUACAUGCACAAGAUGUACAUUUUACAUCUUGACCUCAAACCGGAGAAUAUUCUGUGUGUUAGUAGAGUCACAAACAAAAUCAAAAUUAUCGACUUUGGUCUGGCCAGAAGGUACAAGCCCAGAGAAAAGCUGAGGGUGAACUUUGGGACGCCCGAGUUUCUGGCCCCUGAAGUCAUCAACUAUGAGUUUGUUUCAUUCCCAACCGACAUGUGGAGCCUUGGUGUCAUCACAUACAUGCUCCUCAGCGGCCUGUCUCCGUUUUUGGGGGAUGAUGAUAAUGAGACGCUGAACAACAUCCUGGCGUGUCAGUGGAACUUUGAAGAAGAGGAAUUCACGGACGUGUCGGACGAAGCCAAAGACUUCAUCACACGUCUGCUGGUCAAGAGCAAGAGCUGGAGGAUGAGUGCCACCGAGUCCCUCAAGCACCCCUGGCUGUCAGACCAGGAACUGCACUACAAACUAGACCAGAAGAAAAAUAAGUGCCACUCAACACAUGCACCUCCACCAGAGAGCUAGAAAGAACCAUAAUGAAGACCUCUGCAUGUUUUUCACAACCUGGGCCCCGGAGCCUACCACUGGACCAACGCUGCUUUACCUGUGAUGCUGUUUGGCAAAUGGAAACUACUCUCUGCUUUGCUAUCUUAUGUUCAGCUCUGUGGUUUUGGCCUGCGGCACAAAAGUCAUUAUUUCUAUCCUGACGAGAGUACAAACCUUUGGCUCAGUGAAUGUUGCAUUUUAGAGUCUCAUUACUGGAGCUUGGUCAGUUACUAGGGAUGCACCGAUCCAGCAUUUUAGUAUCAAUUUAUUUCAAUAUUAUAGGUUUAAGUAUAUGCCAAUCCCAGAUAUCAACUGAUACCAGUGCAGAGUCAGAAAAUGGCAUUUAUUUCCUUCCUAUAAAAUAAAACAGAACUAAUCCACAAUGGAGCUGUUAUUUAUCACUCAAAUAACCACAGAACAGCUUAAUAAAAGUUCAAACAUUCUGAGACUUUCUGGGACAACUAUGGCAAAUAGUCUUUUUACAUAGUUUUAUAUGUCCAACCAGGAUAUAUUUGGAAGCUGAUAUCCAAAUUUUUCAGGAUCGAUCACAGACUGUAUAUAUAAAUUGACAUAGCUAACCUGCUAGCCAGCACGUUCCAAAUAGAAAGUGCACAUGGGCGCACCAAUUCUCUUUAUAUUAAACACUGUCACCCCUCUCUCCAUAACUGCUGCUGUCAGGCUCCUCAAUUUGGUCUUAAUAUGUUCGUAUUAACCCACUCUAGUAUUUUUAUUUUGCUAUUGUGUUUGUAAAUCAAAAUAUGAACAUUAAUAACAGUCGCCUUCUUUCCUGGAGAUCGCUCCCGCUGGCUUUAGCAACAGGUUGGAUUGACAGCGUUCCUAAGCGCCCGCUCCCUGCUAAACCAGCAGUGUGGUUGGAAAGGGGCACUACCUUCAACAGCCUCAUUCUCAGUUGACUCUUUGGUUGCUAUGAUACUCGCGGUCCAAAUUGACCCCAAUAACUGCUCUAGCCUCGAUGAGCUUCAUUUGACUGGAGCCGAACACUGUGGGUGACGUCACACUCACUCAGUUCACUUCUUUAUACAGUCUAAUAUCGACACCUGUAUCUGACACCAGUAUCGUAUCGGUGCAUCCCUGUGACUUACCUGAUACAGUGAACAUAAAUUUAUGGCUAAAGUAAUUAUUUGCCCCAUACUGACACCCACUCAUUCAUUGCAUUUAUUGCACUUUUUGACUUCACCCUCAAAUAAGUUUAAGUUGAGAUAAUUUUGUGAAUCAUCUUUCUUGAUUUCUUUCUUUCUUGUCAAGUCUUAUAAAUUGUUAUUGUGUUUUCAAUAGAAAUGUUUUAGUAUUAAUUUAUUUGUAUAUAUCACUUCACACACAGCUCUUGUUCCCUGCAGAAUGAGGCCAUUGUAUUUGUAGACACUGACCUCUUUAGCAUCACUCACCUUGUUCUCUCAGACAAUAGGCGCUGAUGGAUCCUGGAGUCAUAUCUCAUGCCUAAGUCACCUUUAAAUCUUUUGUCAUGCGGUUAAUAGAGCCAAUAGUAAUGUUAAUAUAAAUUGUAACUAAGCCCUUCCCACGUCCACUUUUACAACAGAUCCACCAUAGACUAUUGGCCCAUUACUUUCCACUGUCACCAUGCGUGCCGUAAGUGUGCUUUGGCUAUUUGGAGUAGCGAUCUCACCUUCCAUGAAGGCAUACUGAACAACAUAGUACUACCUACCAAUGAUUCAUUUCUUUCUUAUUGCAGCAGAUUCAGAUGUUAAUCUAUUUACUCUUGUCACCAGACUGUACUUGAAUUACAAAGCUUGGUACAGAGCGAUUUCACACGUAAGCACAGAUCUUACUUAGGGUGGCCAGAUUUUCAAAAUUCAAAAAAGGGACACAUCCAGGUUGGGCUGGUUGGUCUGAAUAAAAUUGUGAAAAGAGAGAGUAACAUUCUCCAUUCUUGAUUUAUUUAUGGGUCAGUCAUAAUCUGAAGGACUUCUGUCAGAGCAUUAUUUUGCCUUAUGUUCAUUUUGCUCAGUUUGCACAGCAAAUGACAAUCCUUUACUUUUGGCGAAUAUCAAACUUGUCAAAAAUGGGGACGCCUGGAACAUUUCUGGUGUCAAACUGGGACGAUGGUUUUCGACAAAUCUGCUGGGACAGGGGACACAGGGCUCAAAACUGGGACUGCCCUGGGUAAAUAGGGAUGUCUGGUCACCCUAAUCUUACUGUAUGUGUUUAGAGCAGAGUUUAAACCCCCGGAGUGAACAUCAGGACAGACACAUCACUUCUCUGUGCGGAAGACAUGUUUUUGGUUCAAAAGUGAAAAAGCUUUGUGAUUGACAUUUCUUGAUGAAUUUAUGUAACUUUUUCAGUUUUCUUUUGAAAUGACACAAAUAAUUGUAGAAUAUUAAAAUAAAAGUACACUAC